UUGGUAACAAAACAUCCUAUAAAACCUUUCUGAAAAGAUGUAACCAUUACUCUACUCAUUUAUUUGUCAUCGAUGGGAAGAAAUAGCCUAUACAUACUAUAUUAUGUGACUGAAAACUAGGGUUGCCUACUGGUUAGUUAAAGAAGCCUCGGAGGUACAGCUCUCCUCCUCCCCCUCCCUCUAUCGUCGCAUCGCUCAGCACAACACGGACAGUCAACACCGCUUGGUUCGGCAGCAUACCUGGAUCCGCCAAGAAUCUUUCUCUGCCUACUGGAGAAUUAUGUCUGGAACCAGAAGAUCUGACGUCACUAUGUUAAGUACCGAGUGAAGAUUUGAUAACGGAAUUUAACGGGAAAGAACACUGCGUGUGUUCGAGGCGGUCGCCAAUCGCCACCCGAGCGAGCACCUUUAGGUUCGGAGCGCAGACGCACGCACCCAUCACAGGAGCGAUGAGAGCUUGGACGUUGCCGCUAUGCCUCUUCGCCAUUGUGAGAGUCAGCCUUGGGGCGGACACCGAGGAGCGGUUGGUGGAGCAUCUGUUAAACCCCGCCCACUAUAACAAGCUGAUCCGACCGGCUACCAAUGGCUCUGAGUUGGUGACCGUCCAACUUAUGGUUUCAUUAGCUCAGCUUAUCAGCGUGCAUGAGAGAGAGCAGAUCAUGACCACCAACGUCUGGUUGACACAGGAGUGGCAGGACUAUCGUCUGACGUGGGCCCCGGAGGACUUUGAUGGAAUGCUGAAGGUCAG